CUGGAAAUACAUAAACAACAACAACGUGUUUACACUCGUAAACAACUUUGCGCGUUCGCCAAACUUUUGCGGGACUGAUUGCGGUUCCAAAUCACGAUGACCGCACAACCCACAUCGACAACAACGCGUACCAAAAAGCAAAAUCAUGCCAACAUACCUUGCCCGAUUGAAGAUUGUGCUAGGUUUACAUACGGCAAGCUACCCGACCAUCUAACCAAAAUCCACGGCCUCACAGGGGCUGAGAGAGACACCCUCAACGAACAACAAAGAAAAAGAUUUUUCAACGGUGAACUCUGUCAAGUUCGAUACCUCAAAGAAUCUGCCAUACGUGACCUAUGGGGCGCAGAUUACGACGAUCCUCGAAUCAAAGCAAAAAUACAUCAAAGCUAUGCUCUUGUUAAGAUUAGAAUAAUUCCUCUUGCGGCGUCGCAGCGAAGUAGACCACUCACCGAACAGGACGCCAACGUUCUAACAGCGUACAAUGCUAGGACGGCUCCACGUCCGGCUAGAGUUCAGAGAGCCAGAACCCGACCACGGCCGUACCCACCGCCAGAAAGUAGUCCAACUAUUAGCAGAGUUUCAAGCGAAUCGAGUGAAGAAGAAAAUGCUAGGACAAGUUCUUUGCCACCAUCUCCUCCACCAUCGUCUCCGUCUCUACCUCCCUCUCCGGCCCCUUAUGAUCUUCAACCAGUCGAAACCAGGUUGCGGGAUAUAUUUGAUUCCAAAAUUGAUGCUGGCUACAAAGCUGUGAUCGACGAUAUGAAGAAAUGUAUGACGAUGGGCAGAAAAUUGGGACAAAGGAAGCGUAAAACUUACCGUACGUACCGACGAUACGCCAAACGAUUGAUCUCAUUCCUCCAUCGCCAACAUUCACCAUUGGCUUACGAUGUUGACGUUCUCUUAUGUGGAGAGAGACAAGUAUGUGCAUUUCUAGAUCGGAUAAGAAGCGAGCACAAGACGAAAACUUUAAGAAAUUACGUAGUUGCUGCUAUAAAAUUAUUGGAUUCCAGGCUUUUUGCGAUUGAAACAGAUCCUACUUGCAAAGAAAAGGUGGCUUCAAUGUCCCGUAUUUAUAAUAUUCUGCACGGACAAUUAAACGAAUGCGAUAGACUGCUUGCGCAGAAAGAAACGACUAACUCCAAAGACACAACUUCUAAUUUCGAUAGCGAUGACAUGCAGCAAACUUUAAAUGAGAGUUAUGACGAAUUAGAGUAAAUGAAGUAAUUAAAACAUGUUACCAACUAAGA